UGAGAAGGGGAAGCCCACCACCCACCACCUGCAGCCAUGGAAGGGGGUGUGCAGCUCCUCAACCGCGAUGGCCACAGCAUCUCCCACAACUCCAAGCGACAUUAUCACGAUGCCUUCGUGUGCAUGAACCGCAUGCGUCAGCGUGGGCUGCUCUGCGACAUCGUGCUCCAUGUGGGCACCAAGGAGAUCAAGGCCCACAAGGUGGUGCUGGCGUCCUGCAGCCCGUACUUCCACGCCAUGUUCACAAAUGAGAUGAGUGAGAGCCGCCAGACCCACGUGACGCUGCACGACAUCGACCCCCAGGCCCUGGAGCAGCUGGUGCAAUAUGCUUACACGGCGGAGAUUGUGGUGGGCGAGGGGAAUGUGCAGACACUUCUUCCUGCUGCCAGCCUGCUUCAGCUCAAUGGUGUGCGGGAUGCUUGCUGCAAGUUCCUACUCAGCCAGCUCGACCCAUCCAACUGCCUGGGGAUCCGAGGUUUUGCUGACACGCACUCCUGCAGCGACCUCCUCAAGUCUGCGCACAAGUACGUCCUCCAACACUUUGUGGAGGUGUCCAAGACAGAGGAGUUCAUGUUGCUGCCUCUUAAACAGGUGCUGGACCUCAUUUCUAGUGACAGCCUCAAUGUGCCAUCAGAGGAGGAGGUGUACCGGGCUGUGCUCAGCUGGGUCAAACAUGAUGUGGACAGCAGAAGACAGCAUGUCCCCAGGCUUAUGAAGUGCGUGCGGCUGCCCCUGCUGAGCCGGGACUUCCUCAUGAGCAACGUGGACACGGAGCUGCUGGUGCGGCAUCACUCGGAGUGCAAGGACCUGCUGAUCGAAGCCCUCAAGUACCACCUCAUGCCGGAGCAGAGAGGGGUCCUCAGCAACAGCAGGACGAGGCCACGGCGCUGCGAGGGGGCCAGCACUGUGCUCUUUGCUGUGGGUGGGGGGAGCCUGUUCGCCAUCCAUGGGGACUGCGAGGCCUAUGACACGCGGACAGAUCGGUGGCACAUGGUGGCCUCCAUGUCGACUCGCAGGGCCAGAGUGGGCGUUGCUGCCAUUGGGAACAAGCUGUACGCUGUGGGCGGCUACGAUGGGACCUCUGAUUUGGCCACAGUGGAGUCCUAUGAUCCUGUCACCAAUUCCUGGCAACCUGAGGUGUCCAUGGGCACCAGGAGGAGUUGCCUGGGUGUAGCAGCACUUCACGGGCUUCUCUAUGCCGCUGGGGGGUACGAUGGGGCCUCGUGCCUGAACAGCGCAGAGCGGUACGACCCUCUGACAGGCACCUGGACAUCCAUCGCUGCCAUGAGCACCAGGAGACGCUACGUCCGGGUGGCAACGCUAGAAGGCAACCUCUAUGCCGUUGGGGGAUACGACAGCUCAUCCCACUUAGCCACGGUAGAAAAGUAUGAGCCCCAGAUCAACACCUGGACGCCCAUUGCCAAUAUGCUGAGCCGCCGGAGCAGCGCAGGCGUGGCCGUGCUGGAGGGGAUGCUCUAUGUGGCUGGCGGCAACGACGGGACCAGCUGCCUUAACUCUGUUGAGCGUUACAACCCCAAAACCAACACGUGGGAGAGCGUGGCGCCCAUGAACAUCCGUAGGAGCACCCACGACCUGGUGGCCAUGGACGGGUGGCUGUACGCAGUGGGUGGCAAUGAUGGGAGCUCCAGCCUAAACUCCAUCGAGAAGUACAACCCCCGUACCAACAAGUGGGUAGCAGCCUCGUGCAUGUUCACGCGCCGGAGCAGCGUGGGGGUGGCCGUGCUAGAACUCCUCAACUUCCCGCCCCCCUCCUCACCCACCCUGUCGGUGUCUUCGACGAGCCUUUGACAAAGGAUCAGGACCUGCUUUACCUCAAGGGGACAGGGGCAGCUGGCGGAGCGCUAGGCCAGCGUGGCCGGCCCCACGGGGCAGCCGGUCGCUGUAGGAGGAGAGCGAAGGUACCGGCUGCUGCCUCCAGCCCAGCACUCCUGUGAACCCCCGGAGCCAGCCCCACUCUCGGUGCCCACAUCGGAUCAGCACGACCACAGCAGUUAGAAAUGUGCUUCCUGGACGAGCACCCUCCUUCUAGAGGGCAAGGAGAGGGGGGUGCUCUCUGCUCCAUUCAGACUCAUCUCACCACUCACCCAAAGGGCGUAUAUUUUCUUUGGGGAGGGGAAACUUUAAACCAUUGCUGCUUCUUGGAUUCACGUGAUCCAGCCGGUGCCACACAUACAAGCACAGCCAGCCUUGGAGGCUUCCAGAAGUCCUGUGGGGUGGCAGAGGUGGACAGCACUCCUCCCAGGGACGCGGCUGAAUGUGCAACCCUUCCUCUGAAUGUCACUGUAGCCAAACUCUUUGCCAAGCCUGUUGUGCACUGUUAAAGACUCUGAGGCCGCUGUAUGGUUCUCAAUGGUGUCUAAUUGAUGCCUUAAAAUACACAAACAAAAGAAGCCCAGCUAAGGGACGGGGCCUGGAGGAGGCGAGGGUUGGAGACAAAGCUGGAUGCAGCAUCCUGAACCCUCUGGUGUUUCCAUACUCAGCUGGCCCCACCUCAUUCACUGAGAUCCCAGCUGACCAUCGCUCUGGGGAGUCCCCAGCCAGGCAGAAUGACCUUGUUUGCGUCCGUGCCAUCGCUGUCCCAGGUUCAAGUGACUGUGGGGCUGCCUGCUCUCUGCAUGUGGUCCUGGUUCACAGUUUGGCUGGGAACGGAUCAGCCUGUUUGCUGUUCCCCUCUCUGCAAAGCAGAUUCUGGGUUUAUGGAAAGGUAUCGGUUCUUAAACAAGAACAGUCCACAGCCUUCUAAAUGAGGAGGAUUGCCUGGUGUUACUUUUUUGGGUGUUAAUUUUUUGCCUUUUUUUAUUUGAAUGCUAAUAUUUUAAUUUGUAAGGAUUUCAUAUCCCUUUAUUUUUUACACUAGCCUGGUAUUCCCCAUCCCAUCUGCUUUUAAGGCAGCAGAAGGGAUGCAAUUACUUUUCUCAUUUGUUGAUGAGAUGAUGACUGUGUCCUGGAAGACGUUCUCUAUAGAUGUGUGGGUGUGUGUGCACGUGUGAGAUACCGUAUGGACAGCGAAAACAGCAUGGAAGGGACCAUUUGCAAUUAGCGACUCCCUGGCAAUUAAGCAACCACUUUAAUUAACUAAAGGUUGAAUAAAUUAGUACUGUAAGUCACAGGCCUGUCCCAGACCCACCUGUGCCAUGGAACCUCUUGGGUGGUGUUUUCAGUGCGUGCGCUGUAGGGUGUGUAUGAGCCUUGAACCGAGACGUUGUAGAGGAAUGACUCAACCGCUGGUACCUCAAUAGUGUUCAAAUGUAGCAUUGGAAAUGCGGUCUAACUGUUCGUUCUGAACUCAUUCCUUUGUCCUUUGCCCCCCGCUCCUUCUCGUUUCUCAUUUAUGGAGUUCGGAUUUCACUUGUGAUGGUGUUUGUUGGCCUAAAUUCUCCAGGGGCUAGGGAUUUCUUCUUUCAUCUUUUCUUUGGGGUGAAAGGAGAGUUUGAGAUGAGACAGGGACUCCCCAACUUAAGAAGAUUUUUACGGCGAUCUGAUUUCUCCUGGACAGGUGCCUGCAUGUUUUACAAGCCCACUUACAGUGCCUAACCUUGGA